AUUGUCUCUUAGAUUAUUUUUCAUCAUCAUUUAGUACAAAUUGUAUGUAACACACUCUGUUUCUUGUAUUUGAAUCAAGGAAGAAAACGUUGUGGUGAAUGCAACUUCAUCCACCUAAGUUUUAACCAAUGGGCUUGCAUGAUUAUCGUUGGUGGUGUUUGGUCACAUGAAAAUUUUAGUUUGCAAGAAUUAACUAUAUCGUGAUAUCUUUAGUAGUCAAGAACGAUAAUUACACCAUGCUACUAGCAGUAGAAGACAGUGGAUGGUUUCCUUCGGAUUUCUGCAGUAAUUUUUGUUGUUGACAAUAAUUAUUAAGUGCUUUUAUAAGCAGAUACAAAUGAGUGGUGAUAAGUGAGUGGUGCUUGUGUGUCACAUGAAAUAUGUUGAUAAAGUGUGUUACUUGUGGAAAUGCUCAGGAGAUAUUUUGUAAAUCUACUGAAUUAUUGCAUUGAAGAGAAGGGGCCACUUGAUAGAGGAUAUUGACAAGUCACUUGAGUAAGAUCAUACAGAAUUUUGUUUUGGAGAUAUUACUCUCUGGAGGAUCAUAACAGUAUCUCAAUAUUUUGUAAUUGUCUUUUAACAAUUGAGGUUUUCACUCAGAUUUGAUAGAUCACUCUCAAGACUAUGCUUAAUGCUAUAGAUCUUACCAAAUAUUUUCUAUAAUUUUCUUAUAGCUUCUUGAUUGUCUUUUAUCUUAUCUCAGUAAACUUGCUAUGUCUUUAUUCGCUGCCUACUGCUUGAAUUUGUUCUUAUCUUUGUAAAUCGUUAAAAAAAUAAAAAAAAUAAAAAAAUCACAAAGGACAUAUACACCACAGAAUUCUCAGUAUGCUCAUCAAAUGCUAAUAGUUUGAUCUGAAAGUAACGAGCUGACUUUCACUUCUUGCCUUUUUAUUUUAAAAAAAUUAUAUUUGAGUUCUAAUUGUGGAAUUUUUUUUAUGAAGCUGACCCCAAAUUAAUUGGAAUGAGGCUUAAUUUUGUGCAUGUUUUGGCAAAGCUCAAAUUAUAAUUUAAGCUGGUUAGACUUACUUUUUAUUACACAUUCCCUAGGACUCUCAACUACUACUCACUUAUUAUCCACACAUUCUGUAGGAUCACAACUUAUAGUAACUUAAAUUUUAAUUUAAGCAUUCCCAAGCAUGCUCUUUGUUGUGUUUGAGUUCUAGUUAAUCUACUACUCUUAUGAUUUUUCUCUUUCUUCACAUACCCUCUGAUGAUCAGGUUCUUGUUACACUUCAUCAGAGUAUCAUUCCUCACCUCUCUAAGCCAAUCAUGUUAUGUGAUUUCUUAACUUGAUCAUAUAAUAUUGGUGGUGUUGUGAGUGUUAUGGCUCUAAGCAGCUUAUAUGUUCUCAUGACAAAACACGGUCUUGAAUAUCCAAACUUCUAUGAUAAGCUUUAUGCUCCAUUGGAGCCCUCUAUUUUCAUGUCAAAACAUAGGGCAAAAUUCUUUCAGCUUCUGGAUUCAUGCUUGAAAUCACCACUUCUUCCAGCAUACUUGGCAGCUGCUUUUUGUAAGAAAUUGAGUAGACUUGCACUUUGUGUUCCUCCUUUCGGUGCAUUAGCUGUUGCUUUAGUUCACAACCUUCUGCAGACAUCCUUCAGUAAGCUGUUUGGUGCACCAGGUGAGAAGACAACCAUCUUUUGUUUUGCCAUUACAGUCUAUAUCUUAUACAUAUUAGUAAAGAAUCGUGCAUUGCUAUGAAGAUUUUAUUCAUUUUCAUAUCGUGACAAAUCAUUUCAUCAAUUUUAUGCAAGUUGUGAGGAGAAACCUCAUUUUAUUUAACUCAUUUAUCCUUCCCUUUCAGCUCAUCAUUUAUGCAGGAACUAAGAAAGUUUCUAUGAUUGUUUCCUAUUGGGAAGAUAAUGCAAAGAUAAUUCGGAUUGACAAUGAUAUCUUUCCUUCCCAUCAAAGCGUGAUUGAUGGGAAGGUAUGGGAAGUCCAAAAAGUUCUUGAUGACAUCUGAUAGCAUUUAUGGCUGAACUUUGGGGAGAUAUGUUGUGGAUGAUAGCAUAAAAUGGAAUAUUCAUCAAUUAAAGGGGUACAAAUUACAGAGGUCUGUGUGUCUAGGUGACAACAAACUGCAUAUGACAGAGAGUGCUCACAGGAAUCUACUAUAAUAGUUUUUGAUCAACACAUCUUGUCUGAGUAAAUCAUCUGUUGGUAUGUAACCUGUCUGGAAUGUCCAUUCUAUUAGGACGUAAGAUGAAUGGGCCUCAAAGGAGGUCCAGAAAAUUAUUCAGCCAGGUGGUGCUAGAAGUGAUUUCCCUUUUGUUGUUUGUCCAUUUAGAGAAAAUAAUCUACUUGUGUUUAUAUCAUUUUUCCUACAACCUGGAGCAACCACUUAUAGAAAAUAACAUACUUGUACAAUUAUAUAUCAUUAUGGGGGGUUUCAUUCAUAAUUUUUUUUGCUAAGUUCAUUGCAUCAUCCGUCAUUAUAUGAACUCUUUUCCAUCUAGAAUGCCCCAAAUAAUGUUUGAGUAUUGUUUUUGUCAACCUACCGUUUUGUUUUUGAGAUAUUUUAAUGGUAGAUGUUUCAGUUUAAGCUUUCUUGAGGGAAUAGUGAUGAAAUUUAUGAUCUUUUAUAUUCCUCCAUGUAGUUAAUCAUUUAUAUCUCAGACUUUUAACCUUCAAUAUUUUUAUCGAUAGUCAGUACCUUUAAUUGAGAGAAAUGAUUUUGUGAAUUGUUGCAUAAUUUCUAUGUCAUGGUUAUCAUAGUUGCUCUAGACAAUGGAUACAGGUGUGCAAAAUAAAUAUGCCCUUUGUAAUCUUGGCUUCAACCCUGAAGAUGAUCAUGUCUUAUCUAAUAUUUAUUGUCAACACAAUUACUUUACUAUCUAGAAUGAUUUUAGAAUGAGAAUCUUGAAACCCACAAAAAGGGAGAAAGAAAAACUUAUAACAGUCUUCAUGAGUGACUUUGAAGUUUAAUCUUAGUGAGUACAUGCUCGGUUAUGCUUAAGAAGUCAGUCCCUUGAAAGAAUGGUAGAGGGUGUUUUCAAUGUUUGGAUGAUUUUCUCAUUCCUUUAAUGGGUUGACUAUUGUGUUCGAUAAUAUAUUACAAAUGGCGUGAAGGAAUGGGGUCAUGAAGCUACUGAAGAGGCUUCCGGAGAAGAAAAACACAAGCCAGCAAUUUGUGAUGUAGAAUUAGUUGAGACAAAGAAGCAAUAACAGGAAAGAAGUAGAGAAAGGAGGAGAAAACAAGGAAGAAAGAGGAAGAAGCAGCAGACGCAAGGGAAGAAGAACACCAGAGAGAAGGAGAAGAAAACCGUGGGCAGCAAGGCCAGUUAAUUUCCAGUCAUCGUAUGUUUUCUCUCACAUCCAAUACACCCCACUUGUAGAUAAAGUUGUGGGCUUGGGUCAGGCCUAAAUACAAACCUAAUUUACUAGUCCAAAAUAAUAAAACCCAAAAAUAAUAAAAAGAUGUCAUCAUCAACUCUCCCGGGUUGAGAGGAAAACUUGACUCUGUUGAGUGGACAAAACACAAAAGCUGUAGUCGAUUUAAUAUCCAAAAUGUUCCAAAAUAAGCGAAGGGGGACGAUCUUUCUGACAAACCAAAUAUCAAAACUCAAUGAAUGAUGACAAUGUCAGUUGCAAAUUAUACCCUAGUAUAUGAUGUAACCAAUGAAACUUGGUCAAAAGAAAAUUUUGCUGACCCUAAUAAAGCUCCAAUAAAUCUGGAUCAAACUGCAAGAGUUUCUCUCUAGGACUCCAUGUACAGUCAGCAUCAAGUUGAUCCACCUAACGAGCAAGGAAGCACUGAAUCUCUCCAUCAUUGGUCAACACAAUAUGUUCAUCUAAAAUAACAUCAAUUUUAUCAUUGUGUGCCGUGACAAGUGGUAUUUGAAUUAACAUAAGAUUCAGUGUGGAGCUCCCAGUUGAAAAUAGAAAAGGAUCAUCGAAAGGGUUAAAAUAGCUUUUGUAAGCAACGAAGUCCUUAACAAUUAAAAUAUGAUGGUGGUCAUAAUGUGAUGAAAGAUCAUUGACAUAUGCAUUUGGACCAAUAUGCUUUGAAAUUUUAAAAAGAC